AUGGACGCCAACCUGCAGCACGACCAACACUCGUACGCCACGGCGACCGCCGCCAUCGACGCCGCCGCGCAAGCCUGGGUCACGUGGCGCCUCGAACAGAAGAUCGGCGCGACGGCCGUUACCCGCAGGGACGCCGAGUUCUGGGUCAAAGGCAUGCAGACGGCGCUGCCUGGUGGGUGGUGGCUCUUGUGGCCGAAGCGCGAGCAGGACAACUUCCUGGGCGACAUGGCCAGGCUCGUGUUCCACUACCAGUCGAACCCGAUGAGGAGGACCACCCUCCCGUCGUACGGCGACGCAAGCUCGCAUACCUUGUCGGGCAUGCAGAAGUCGUACGCCCGUGUCGUGUACCUCGCCAAGCAGAUCUCUCACUGGAUCCCGGGCUUUAGCUCGGUCCUCGUCGGCGUCGAUGGACUCGGUGGCGCCGUGCGCGGUCGGCCCCUCCUCCAGGAGGCCGACUUUAACCAGCAGCCCGACAACCAGAAGGCGGCCGUGACGGGCCAGCUGCAGCGCGUGCGCGACGGGCUCCACGAUGACGCCUUCGACGCCCAUCAAAAGGCCAUGCUCGGGCGCCUCCGCAGCCACAACAACACCCAUCUGCUCUCGCUCGUGCAGAUGAUCGAGCGGGUCAACGAAGGUGGCGCUACUGUCGACGCCGCGGCCGCCCUUCUGGACAUGCACAGCCUCGCGCACAGGUCGACGGGCCGGGUCGAGCUCAGCCCGAGGCAGCAGGUGCGGUACGGGCGUCGGUUUGCCGGGAUCUGA